AUGAUCGCUGCUGCUGGUAAUACCCUCCUCCCGGUAGUCCAAGGCAGGUGCUCCGCCUCUCGGUCCUCUGUCCACCUCACCACCGCCGCCUGCUCCUUUUAUAGCCACCUUUCUCCUCCCCUCCGGAGCCUGCCAUGGGUCGGCAUCACGUCACUUCGCGGGUCGGUACGACGGGCCAAGUUCGAGGGUUUUGACGGCACAGAGGGCCUCGGGACGGCUGAGGAUGACGAUGAAGCAACUACGCCGUCAGUGGAAGGUCUCCUCGAAGGAGAAGAUGAUUAUGAAGAAGAAGAAGACAGGUUUUCCACCGGACUGGAUGCAAAAUCUUUUCCUUGCUACCUGUCUAGUAAAUGGGAUUUUGAAGGGGCUGGGAAAAAAGGGGAGUUGAGUGAGCUACCGCGUGCUUAUCUCCGUGCGUAAUCAUAUUGGUGCUGCAGCGAUCUGCCCUGCGAUCUCGAGGACUCCAUCCGGCAGUCCGCCCGAGCGAGCGCAUUGUUUGUGUCCUCUGGUGGGAUGCGUGCCAUCGUAUGUCAUCAGCCUUUUGUGAAUUAUCGUCUUUAAAUGCACUUGAUUGCUUCGUACUUGGUCAUUUUUCCAUCGAAUAACAUGAUCCUUCCGUAUGAUGUUCCCAUUUUCACGUUUCCGCGGCUGACGAAUUUGGUGAUCGCAAUGCGCACCCAGGUAGAGCUCCUGAUCCCUCAGUUGCAGUUUCUCGACUCCGAGGGUGCGCAGGAGGAACUAUGGGGAUUGACGAGGAUUUUCGUGGAUACAAUCAUCCAAGAAACAGGAGGAAAUCAGGUAUUUGAGGAUAUGGUUUUCGUUUCAACCUGUGUAAUUGUUCCUGAAAAGCCUCUGAUAGAAUUUUUGGGAAGAAAGUCAAUACAUCACGAAAUCGAUCCAGUGGCAACUCCAACGACUUCUGAAAAGAUUUUCGAGCAAGAAUCAUCUUCUCCGCCUCUCUGGUCGUCAGGGUCCUGAGAUUUUUCACUGCAGUAUAUAAGCCUCCUAUGAACAUUAGAAACAGUGAACAGCUUGGGUAUAAAUAAGCCUGGAACAUUUCUUGACUGGAUUUCCAAAAGCGUCUAAUGUCUUGAUGUAUUAUCCACAAACACUACUCCUCUUGCCAAGCGCUUCCCCCCUUUUCCUCCAUUUAUGUAUUUUGAAGAAGUGAUCUUCCUUCCCAAUGAAGAAUUUGGCAUAUAUUGAUGUCUUUUGUGCAUAUGUUUUAGAAACUCUAGAAAGCAAAAAAGUGUCUGCUUUCAAUCUAACUUUUGCUUGAUUCCCAGAGGGUAAAAGCCAUAUUUCCAGACACGGGAGCAGCUGCACUUCUUCAAUAUCAGUGGAAAGAUGCAGAGUUCGGAUUCGCUAGGUAAAGAAAUGUUUGAAAUGAAACGGUAGAACAGAGAUUGAGGCGCCAUUUUUUGAGAUAUAUUUAUAUAUCUCAAAAAAUACAUUUAUAUAUCAUUUUUUUCUUGUCUAAUUUCAAUAAGUCGUCAAAAAUUUAACGUAAUGGUCAUAAGAAAAUGUUGUUUUCGCUGUUUUUUCCUGCUUAUCUCAGAUUUGUAAAAUUGUACAUGUUUUUUGAGAUAUAACUAAUCUGAGAGAGGCAUCAAAUAUCGAAUACUACUUUUGAUUCAAGAGCACCCUGAUUCCUUAUACAUGGUUCGAGUAAUACUUGGUCCCUUCUUCUCCAUCAUCUUUCACAAGAGCUUAUGGGAUCUUUUCCCCUUCCAAUUUUAUGACUGUGGGUAGAAUAAUCAGUGUAUCUCGCACAGAGUUUCAAAGUCUAAUAAUUGGAGAUCCGGGUGAAGUGUACUGAUGUAAUCUCUAUGGUAAACUUUUCACUGUAUUAUAUUUAACUCAUUGUUCAUAAAAUGCGUGUGAAGUUAAUAUUCUCGAUUUUAUGCAGCUUAAGCGAUCGGAAACCUGUAGAAGAUGGAGACGACAUUGUGGUCAUGUUAGUACCAGAUUAUCAGAUGCUGGAAUAUGUUGAGAAGAUUGCAUCACGAUUAUCGGAUGACCCAGUACUUCCUAAUCCAUUCUCUAACUUUUUCUACCAUCUUCUGUUUCAUUCCCCUACAUUGUAUCGUCAUAUGAUUUUCCGAAGCAUUGAGCUCUUUGAGCUUUUGAUCUCUGAAUAUCCUCAUCCAGACCAUGCAACGCGUUGUUAGCUCUUGCUGACAUUUUUGCCAACAAGUAUAUAUUUCACCGUUCAUUCAUCUGCAUUCAUGGCUCAAUCCUUCAGCCAUUCUCUCAAACAUUGUUAGCUUUAGCUGACUCCAGUAUUGCUAUACUUCACCAGCCAAGAUCCCUUAUCAUGUGGAAUCCACGCCUUGUUAGCGAAGAUGUUGGUGUCGGCUUCAAUGUUAGAAAUCUGCGAAAAUAUUUCCUCAGGUAUUCGUUUCUCUUGCUUGUGGUUGCUUCCUAUGCUUGUGGGUUCCUUUAUCUUCAGUCUAAAAAAGCCCAUGGGAAAUUCUGCUUUUGGGAUUAUAAGCUUUAAAAAAGCCCGCAUCGCAGGAAGAUCGAUCAAUAAAUAUCGAAAAAUAUAAGCUUUAUUGGGAUUAUCGAUGAAAUUUCUCUAUGUCAUAUUUCUCCUGAGGAAAUUCUCAAUAAAUUGAGAAGGAGCAUAUCGUGAUGACGAUUGUUUCAUUCACGUGCAGCACUUUCACUACCGUGUACUCGAUGAGGCCUAUGCCGUCAGGAGCCAUCUUUAGAUGCUACCCAGGGUGGGAAAAUGCUUCCUGAUCGUUCAUUUUCUUUCAUAAAAUUCGGCUCAUUCGCUUACCAUCUCCGUCCCCUUUCCGUUCUCGGCACAGAAUGUGGAAGGUGUUCUACGACGACAAGGACAGACCAAACAGAUACCGACUAGCUAAGGAACAAGCCAGCCGUCCUGAUGCGACGGACCUUGAGGUCAGCUACUGCUCAGCGCGAUGAUUUUCUGGACUCUUGUUGUUGUUUCCCUUCCAGCUGAACUCGAUGCGCAACGAAUCUUCUGUGAUGUCUUCGUGCAGCAAAUAUUUGGGGAGAUCGCGGAGAAAUCAGAGGGGAAGCCUUCCAUGUUUGAUAAAGCGCUGGGCAUGAUCUCCUCGAUGAAUAGAUUCAUGAAGGCUAUCUCAAAAUGA